AUGGCUGUCUUGAAGCAAACUCUCUUAGCAGCCCUAGCAACAACGUCCUUACCUCAAUCAAGCAACAGCCUUUAUCGCUCACGACCCGACCUUGCACCACCUCGAUUAAACAUCACCAUCCCCGCCACAAACCCCAAUGGCUCCGAGUAUGUCUUUAUUGCUCCUUACUCUAUGGGUGGAACCAUCGAGCGGCCCGGUCCAUACAUCUACCGCAAAGACGGUGACUUAGUGUGGGCCGGCACAGGGUACUACGCCGGCUUCGUGGCUGAUUUCCAUCCUACUAUAUACCACGGGAAGACUGUUCUUCAGGCAUUUCAGGGCAAUAUGGAUAGCUCCCACGGUGAAGGGUUUGAAAACGAUAUUGCCACAGGAGAGUUGAUCUUUGAGUGGAAUGCGUUAGAACAUGUUGAUCCUUCUGAAAGCCUAGUGACACUAGACUCUACUAAGGCCAAUAGCGGAUUGUCCGCCGCCGAAGCAUGGGAUUUCUUCCACAUCAACAGUCUCGAUAAAAACGCAGAAGGAGACUACCUGGUCUCGUCUCGACACACUAGCACGAUAUUCAAGAUCAACGGCACUGACGGCUCGAUCAUCUGGCGGCUCGGUGGCAAGUACCCUAGCUUCUCACAAAUCGGAAACUGGACCUUUGGAUUCCAACACGAUGCCCGCUGGCAACCACAACUCAACCAGCCGGGGACAGAAGUCAUUUCGUUCUUUGACAACUCCGGCGAUGGAACUAUUACCUUCAACGAAUUGUCGCGGGCAUUGGUUGUCCAAAUCAACCGCACAGAUAGCACCGCGACAGUUCUCCGCAAGGCAACGGCCCCUUACGAUCUCCAAGCCCAGUCCCAGGGAAAUACACAGCUACUUUCUGACGACAGAAUAUUCGUCAACUGGGGAUCGGAGGGCGCUUUUACAGAGUUCGAUGCUGAUAAUAGGAUUAUAUACCAUGCUUUUAUCCAGACAGGAUCGGUCAGCUACCGUGGCUUUUUGGCGAACUGGACUGCUACGCCGAAGGAAAUUCCAGCGCUAGUUGCCCUCAAGACCGCUUCUGACCUUGUUGAGCUUUAUGUGUCUUGGAACGGGGACACGGAAACUUUGGCUUGGAGAUUCUAUUACGUGAACGAACAGAAGAAGACGCGGAUUGGUGAAGUGGAUAGGGACUCCUUCGAGACAGCAUUUACUUGGGAGCCAAAAUUUGAACUGUCUUCCGAUGCUACAUUUGUUGCUGAAGCCAUUGGUGUGAAUGGGGAGUCUCUUGCGCGGACAGGUUUGACUGCUACAACUGUCGAUAUCAAGGUGCUGGCGUGA